AUGGACAGAGCUGCCCUGCAGAUGGCUGGUGGCCCGCGACAACGGACAAAGGGUGCAGCGGCUCCAAGACAGCCUGAGAGGCACGUGCUGCCUUUGUCGCUGCGAAGGCUGAGUGCAGAGUGUGGGAACCACCGGCUGCGCAGCCCCACUCUGGGGCCUGCGCUUUGUCCAGCCCCGGCAGCAGAUUGGUUGCGGAGCGUGGGAAAGCGCGCGCGCCCGCGGCCCCACCGCCCUGCACUGCAUAAAGGCGCCGCCAGCACCCGGCCGCUGCCACGGCUUUCCGGCCACCCUCCCGCGCCGCUCGCUCCCGGCUCGAGCGCCGGGCAGGGUCCCAGGCUCAGCCCCCUGACCACUCCCAAAAGCUCGCGCGGCGCUAGCCAGGCUGCGCGCUGGGAAAGGGGCAUCGGGAGACGGAGGUGGCGAUGUAUCCGCCCUGGCCGCACCGCGAGCGCCGCGGAUGGACUUCGGGGAAGGCUGGCCGCCGCCCCCCGCGAAGCCUUCCGCUCGUCUCCCUGCGCCCGUGCGGAUGGAGCCUCAGGCCCGGCUGAAGAGCGGCCUGCAAAAGAGACGCGCUCUGCCGCCACAGAGCAGCGAACCCCUGCCCACGAGGGCCCGGGCUGUGGCUCUGGUGGCGACCUUGCCAAGCUCCUCAGACCCAGAGGAGAGGGCUGCAGGCUGGCCAAGUACGGCGCCCCUCCUGCCAUAGGGGUGUUGUUUCCCUCUCAUCUCAUGCCCAGUGCCAGGGCUGCAAGAGCGCAGCCCAGCCUGCAGACAGACGAGUAGACCGAGGUCCUGCAGACUCGGGGACCGUGCCAGGAACACGCGGGAAUCAGGCAUGGACGGGCGCCCUUCAGCAGUGGGAUCUGGCCCCGGAACCUCAUCGCGUCCUCCCUGCCCCCACUGAGGCCGCUCAGCGUGGACCUAGCAGAGAUGGGCUUCUUCCUGCGCCUCUCUUUUUGGUCCCCCAAAUCUCACCCCUGUUUUUUUCCUGGGGGUGGGGGGUUGAGGGGGGAAGGGCAUCUCCCAAUGGAGCAGCUGACUGAGAGGUCACUCGGUCUUGGGCCCAGCAGUGUGCCUUGCUGAACCAGAACCAGGCAGGGAGCACCCUGCAUUUGCCUGGGGCGGGAGGGGGGCAAUCGUAAAGGGAGUGGGGCCCCAAAACCACGCCCCACCCCCUCCCUGAUGGUGUGCGGACCACAGAAGUGCUGAGAGAGAACACGCACGGCCUGAGGUUUGCUGCCCCCUGGUGGCGAUCUGCAGGUGGCGGGGCCUGGGCCCCCACGGUCCCCUCCACCGCCCUAGCCGCGGGGGCGGGCAGGGUGCCUACUCAGUUCAGGGAAUGCCCAGGCCUGGGCGGGUAUUCCCCUGGUUCUGGGUAAGGAGGCAGAGGAAUUCUGAGACCCAGACAGGAAGUUACCUUCUGGGAAGCACAGAGAAAAACCAGAAAGACAGGUCAGCGGUGGGGCAGUGGCCACAGCAGCUUGUCGCCGACCUGGUUAAUGCCAGUGCUGCCCCGUGCCAGGUGCAGUUCCAGCUCAUGGGGUCCCAAGCCACCCUCCAUUAGCGGUGCUCUUUCUGAGCCCCUCACUUCCCACUUAGGGUUCUAGUUACGCCACCUACCAGCAUGUCCCUCCUCUGUGGGAGGGGCAACCUCAACAAUUGUCACCGUGCCCUUUACCCAGCAUGCAGUAAGCACUUAAUAAACGUGGGCUAAACAGAGCAUGGCUUCCUGGAGGCCCCAGGAGCCCUGGAUUCAGGGGAGGGGCCCGCUGGCUCAGGGCUUCCCAGCUUCCCUUUCAGGGACCCUUUCAGGGGCGCACAGAGACCCUCACCAGCAAGCUACCUCCUGUGCCCAGAGCAGAUGCCCCGGGCUCCCUGCCCAGGUCUGCCUGAGGGCUUUUGCCCAGGGGUGGGUCUGGGGAUGUGGACUCUGCCCCCUACUUGCUUGGCACUUCCAUUGGGCACUCUGUUAGGAUGACUGGAGGUUCCAGGGAGCCAGUCUGCCAGCUGUCAGAUAGUUAAGCAACAGUAUUGGGGGCCCCCUGAUAACAUAUCUCAUUUGGGAGCCCAGUGUGUGUUGGUGCCUGAGGACCUUCUGCAGGACAGUCAUGGUGUCCCAACCCCUGCAGCUGACAGGCGGCUGCCCCAAGCCCAUAGGAGGGGCCUGGACUUGGGCCACCGCACGCUGAUGCUCAGAUGAGGGAGUGAGUCAGUGGGUGAGUGUGAGAGGUACAUCUCAUCAGGCUGUUGCCACACACACCAUUUAACCUCGUCUAUUCAAGGUUUUCUUUGUAAAAUUACAU